AUUAAACACAGAAAAACUGGCGGCCUCUCUUUUGAAUUUAAAGAGGAGACUGGAGAGAGUUCUGUUUGCCGUAGAAGAUGAUAAUUAGGACUCCUCAACAGAAGAGGCCUCGGCCUUCGGAAACCCUAGCUCCGAACAGCGUAUCACCGGCGGCACCCGGUUCCGAUCGUCCUCUCAUUAUCUACGAGGAUCCUCCAUCCUCGUCUCCGAAGCCCAACGACCACGACCACGACCACGACCAUGACUCCUCCUCCCAGCCAAUGCUCUGCACCUAUCAAUGUCGCCAAUUGGUCAAAUCGGAUUUCCUUGUUGCCUUAAGCUCUGCGGAGAAGGAAGCUAGCGAUUAUCAGUCAAAAUUUGAGGCAUUAAAUGAGAAGUUCCACAACCUUGAAGCAGAGAAGAAUAAAUAUGUGGAUCAAAUCCUAUAUUCAGAGCAAGAACUUGCUGCUGCAAAAGGACGUGAACAAUCGCUGCAAGAACAGCUUUUGAAGGAGAUCGAUGAUUCUCAGGAACGUUAUAAACAGCAGCUACAGUCGUACAAUGAACAUGUGGUAAAGUUCCAAACUGAAAUGAGCCUUCGCUUGAAAGCGGAGUCUAAGGCAGCUUUGGCAGAGGAGGAAGUAGGUAUUUUGAAGGAAAAACUUAGUCAUCUUUCUGAAAGUACAGAGAGAGAGAAACAACGUCUUGGCAGUGAACUUGAACAGCUGAAAAGAGAGUCAAAACUUUCACUUUCUAGAAUUAAUGCUGAUCUUGAAAGGAUGGAGUUUAAAGCUAAUAGUGCCAAGGAAGAAUCAGAGCUACUGAAAGAGCAGCUAGAACAUUCACAGAAUCAACUUAAAGAGUGCUUGCUAUUGAAGUGUGAACUAGAGAAGAAAUUAUCAACUUUCACAUUUCAAGAAGUUGCCACUUCAGAGGAUAAUAUGUUGGUCAAGCAUCUGCAAGAUGAGCUUAGGAACUAUGAGGCCGAGGUGAGAGAAGCAAAAAAGUUGAAAUCAUCUCAUGAAAACAUUGAGUUGUUAAAAGUAAAGCUUUUGGAAGAAAGAGCUCGAAGGGAGAGAGCAGAAUCUGAGUUGUCUAAAUUACAAGAGAUGCAGCUAAGCAUCAACAAGUUAGAGGAUGAAUUGUCAUCUUGGAAGUUACUGAUUAAUGACAUACCUGGUGUGUCAUCUUCUGAGGACAUAUGUAUCAAGUUUUCAGCCUUACAGAGAGAGGUUAUUGAUAGCACCAUGAAGGUGGGUGAGGCAAAUGCUCGCUUGAAACAACUUGAGGUGGCUUUGGAUUCUGCACAAAUAGAUAAACAAAAUGCUGAAGCUGAGGCUGCUUUGGCUAAAGAGAAGGCAGAAUUUUCAAAAUCUGAGCUUAAACAGAUAGAGAAAAUGCUUUCCAUGGUUACUGAUGAAAGAGAGAGCUUGAAGAAUGUUGUUAACAAAUUAAAGGAAUCUAAUAGCAAUGAAGCAAGGGACCAAGAAGCAAGUGGAACUGGAACUUUUGUUCAGGAACUUGAAUCAACACUUGCAAAGAAAGAAUGCUAUAUUAAAGAGUUGGAGGCUAGUUUAAUUGAACAAAAAGAAUUCAAUAAUAGUAAAUGUGAGGAGGUAAAGUUACUCAAUGAGAGGUUAAAUAAUGAAGCCAAGAGAAUAAAAUCACUGGAGAGGGAGAAUGAUAGAUUACGUUCAGAGAUCUCUUUGUUGGAGUCAAAGCUGGGCCAUGGGGAUUUUUCUGCUGCCAAUACCAAGGUGUUGCGUAUGGUGAAUACUCUGACCGUCGAUAAUGAAGCAAAACAAACUAUAGAAGCAUUGCGAACUGAGCUGCAAAAGACUAAAGAGAAGUUACAAGCAGUUGAAGAGCUGAAAAGUCAGUCAGGUGACUCUGGGAAACUAGUAGACUCGUACAUAUCUGGGAAGAUAAUGCAGUUUAAAGAACAAAUUGCAACGUUAGAAAAGCGUGAAGAAAGAUACAAAACUGUUUUCGCUGAUAGAAUUUCAGUGUUCAGAAGGGCCUGUUGUGAACUUUUCGGUUAUAAGAUUGUAAUGGAUGAGCAACAGCGUCCUAAUGGAAUUCCAGUAACACAAUUUGCACUCCAAUCCAUUUAUGCUCAAAGUGAUGAAGAAAAGCUUGAAUUUGAAUAUGAAUCAGGAAAUACAAAUAUUUUGGUAAAUAGUUACACCUCUCAGCCUGAGAUAUCGCGUCAGGUUGAGAUCUUUGUUAAAAAGAUGAAUUCAAUUCCAGCUUUCACUGCCAACUUGACAGUGGAAUCUUUCAACAGACGAACAUUGUCCUAAAUGUCUCAACUUGCCCAAAUUAUGUAUAAAUCUUAUAUUGUCUCUACUCUAGUACAGAUGAACCAAGAUUGUGGGUUACUUGCAUCUUUAUCAUCCUAGAACCCUCUGAUCCUCAUUUACACACUUUUGACUUGGGUGUAACACUCGUGCUAGAUAUCCAAUUCCCUUUACUUCUUGGGAACUGGAUUCUCACUAAAUGAUGGUUUGUGAUUUUUCUUUCAAAAUUUACAGCACAAUGUAAGCCACCAAACAUUGUAAAGCUACUAUACUAAAGUCUCAAUCCUACUCGAGCUUGAAGGUAGAAUACAUUGUUAAAUGGAAGUAUUAUCUUAUUAUGACUA